UCCAACAUGGCGGCGUCCAUACGGGUGUGCUGUGCCCUCCGCAUCACAGCCGGAGUUGCAGCACCCCUCCGAACAUUAGGCGGAGCAGUUCCGAUUUCCCACUUGGCGAGUCGAGCCUCGGCUUCCUCACUCCAAAGAAACUCUUCAGUUCCACUGUUUCCUGCAACCGCUUGGCAGCAAACCAGGCACGGCAGCUUCUUCAACAAGUUGACGGCUGUGGAGCUGUGGAGAGGUGUGUUGGCAGAGUCAGGUGCCGGAGCCAGGAAGGGCCGAGGGAAGAGAACCAAACGCAGACUGAGGACAGACUUGAACCGAGGACAAAACAUCGGAGAAGGUCGUGGUGGUUUUCUGUGGCCUGGUCUGAACUCUCCGGUGCUGAGGGCCGGGAGUGUGCAGAGCGUGAGUCGAAGAAGCGAGAGCGAGCAGCAGGAUUUGCAAGCUGAAAUAGUGCGUCAGAGGGAUGAGCGGGAAAGGAAGAAGAAGAUGAGGGUGAAGAGGGAAAGAGGAUGGACGGGAUACUCCUGGGGGGGCACCAGCUUAGGCCCCCCUGACCCUGGACCCAACGGAGAAACCUACGAGGACUUCGAAUCGCGUAUCAUUGAGGUGAAGAGUGUGUUCAACAUGACAGCCAAGGAGGGCAGGAAGAGGUCCAUCAGCUGUCUGGUCGCUGUGGGAAACGGCAACGGAGCUGCAGGCUUUGCUUUGGGUAAAGCAGCGGACAGACCCACAGCUUUGAGGAAGGCCAAAAACAGAGCCAUCAACUACUUGCACUUCAUAGAAAGAUACAACAACAAGACCAUUUAUCAUGACAUUGAAUCCAAGUGCAAGAGGACGACGCUUCACAUGAAGAAACAACCCGAAGGUCAUGGUCUGCACUGCCACCGGGCGGUCAUCACUCUGUGCAAGCUGAUCGGCAUCCAGGACAUGUACUGUAAAUUAGAGGGAUCUGCCAAUCUGCUCAACAUCACCAGAGCCCUCUUCACUGGAUUAGCCAAGCAGGAAGUCCACCAGAAUCUGGCUGACAAGAAGAAGCUUCAUGUCGUCGAGUUUGAUUCACGGCGAGGCCCGCUUCUUGUUGUGGCGACUCCGAAAGACGGGGCACGACCCAACCCGGAGCGUGAGGACGACAUCCCCAACACCCGGCUGCACUGGGACAACGUACGAGCCGCUCAGGGCACCAAACGUUCGAUCUGGGCGCAUGUCAAACACACCAUCUGGUAGUGUGGGAGACAGAUGAUCGGACUGAUAGAGGCUGGGAUUGUCAGAACUCGGCGACUGAUUUUUAGCUAAAAGCUGAAAAUAUGUGAAGAAUAAGAACAUUUUAUCUCAAGCAGAUUAUCAGCUUUUGUUAAUAAAUCUAGUGCGUUGUGUUUGUUUUGCCAACAGAGUUACAUUUUUUACCACAGAGGACAUCCCAUUUGAAAACAUAAUUCUCAAGAUACAUACAGUGAAGGCCAAUAGUGACAUUUAGUCAAAUAUUUAUGUCCUAGAUAUCAAUGUUUGCUUAAUAACUGUAAAAAAAAUCCCUUAUCCACCUGGAGUCAUUGCAAAAUACAUUAUGUAUCAAUGCAAUAAAAUAUGGAUCUGUAACAA